AAUUUUGUUCUUACUCUUGAUCGACGUUAAAAUGAAGUAUUUGUGUCUGCUUCUGUUGGCCACGUCGGUGUCUUGUCGCUUUGCCGACGAUUUCUACCAACUUUUGGCCAAGGAAAAUGUGGCCAAAAAUCUCAUAUCCUCUCCUAUUUCGGUGGAAAUCGCACUGAGCAUGGCCUACAUGGGCGCCAGGGCAAAGACAGCCGAAGAAAUGAGGAAUGUUUUGAAACUGCCCGACGACAAAAAGGAAGUGGCAGCCAAAUACAAGGACCUUCUGAGUAAAAUCGAAGGACGCGAGAAGGUAGCCACUCUCAGUCUGGCUAAUCGUAUAUACGUGAACGAUAAGUUCAAGCUAAUACCGAAGUACAAUCAGAUGGUCAAGGAUUCAUUUAAGGCUGAAGCGGAGACAAUCAGCGUUGUCGAUCUCAAUAGGGCUGCUUCAAUUGUCAAUAAUUGGGUAGAUAAUCAGACGCGUGGUAAAAUCAGAGACUUAGUUUCAGCCAAUGCCUUGUCGGGUAUGGUAGUGGUCGUCUUAAAUGCCAUAUACUUUAAAGGCCAGUGGGAGUACAAAUUUAAUCCCAAGUUCACAAAGAAAAUGAAUUUCCGUGUUUCGGAUCAAAAGAGUGUUCCGGUCGAGAUGAUGUCACAAAUUGAAUUAUUUAUGGCCGCACAUGAUAAUGAACUGGGUGCCAAAAUUAUCGAGCUGCCCUACAGAAAUUCGAGCCUGUCCAUGCUCAUUUUCCUACCGGACAAGGUCGAUGGUCUACCAGAGUUGGAGAAAAAGAUCGUAGGAUUCACUCCGAAACUUUCCAAAAUGGAUGUAACUUUAAGGCUUCCCAAGUUCAAAAUCGAAUUCUCCACUCAACUAAACAGAGUUCUUAAGGCGAUGGGCAUACAAGAUGCGUUCAUAAAAUCUGCUGACUUCAAUGAUCUGGUCGAAGACAGUAAAGUUUAUGUGAGUAAAGUCAUUCAUAAGGCGUUCAUAGAGGUUAAUGAAGAAGGUGCUGAGGCAGCGGCUGCAACAGCUUUACUUACUGUGCGCUAUAGUAUGCCUCGUCCGUCCCCACAAAUGGUUUUUAAUGCCGAUCAUCCAUUUGCCUAUGUCAUUCGCGAUGGGGAAACCAUUUAUUUUCAGGGCCACUAUGUGAGCCCUAAUGAAUGAAAUGUACUUUUUCUUAUCAAUAAUAAAUGGAAAAUGUAUUAUA